AAAUAAGUGAGAGAGUGGCUGGUACAUGAGAGGGAAGUAGCGCAGCUGGUUGAGAGCAGCACAGUAGUGAUGGUUGAGAUACUUGACGUACAGGUUGUGGCGUAAUUGAGUUGGAAACCUUCUCUUUCUUAAGAUCUACGAAAUGGAUCAUGCCAAGGCCAUUCCCCUGGUGGUGGGGCUGGUGAUAGUGGUUGGCACAGCCAUUCUCACCAAGCUUUACCUUUCCAAGAAACGUGGGCCACCUCGCACCCUCCAGGAUCCUACUGUGAAGUACCCAUUAGAACUAAUUGAACGAGAAGAGGUCUCUCAUGACACAAGGCGUUUUAGAUUCAAAUUGCCAUCACCUGAUCAUGUUUUAGGCUUGCCUGUUGGUCAACACAUAUACCUCUCAGCUCGUGUUGAGGGCCAGUUGAUAGUGCGUCCCUACACACCUGUCUCCAGUGAUGAGGACAAAGGAUAUAUGGAUCUUGUUGUCAAGAUUUACUUCAAGAAUGUUCAUCCCAAAUUUCCUGAUGGAGGUAAAAUGAGCCAACACUUGGAGGCUAUGAAAAUAGGGGAGACCAUUGAUGUGCGAGGGCCAUCUGGCUUAUUAGAAUACAGAGGACGUGGAGUGUUUGCCAUUAAGCCAGACAAGAAGUCGCCAUCAAAUUUGGUUACAAGCAAAAAGAUCAACAUGAUUGCUGGUGGCACUGGGAUCACCCCCAUGCUCCAGCUGGUGCGUCAGGUGGCUCGUGAUGAGGAAGACAAAACGCAGCUGGCUCUCAUCUUUGCCAAUCAAACAGAGGCGGACAUAUUGCUCAGGCAUGAGCUGGAGGAUGUGUUAGCUCAGCAUUCAGACAAAUUCAAGCUCUGGUAUACUGUGGAUCGCCCAGAAGAAGCAUGGAAAUACAGCAGUGGGUUCGUAAGUUCCGAAAUGAUCUCGGAGCAUCUUUACCCGCCUGCAGAUGACACAAUUGUACUGAUGUGUGGGCCACCCCCCAUGAUCAACUUUGCCUGCAUCCCCAAUCUGGACAAACUGGGUUAUUCAUCCAACAUGAGGUUCUCUUUCUAGGGCUUAGACAAGAAGUACUAGGGCAUUAUAGGAAAUUUAGUGAUUUUGAAACAAAGUAAGGUACUGUAUAUUAAAAUUUAUCAAAAUAUGACUGUUGGUUACAUUGUGAUUUUCAGUAAAAAAAAAAAUAGUUGGUAUAAGCAGGUAUUUAAGAAUUAUAAUAGAUUUUAUAAAAGGUACUUAAAUUUUUUAAUACCUGCAUAGUUUACCCUUUAUUUUUGGAGAAAGAACUACUUUAUUGAUGUAGUAACAUAUAUAGAAUUCCUCCCCAGAUAUUACAGCAACUAUCUCCACACAGUCAGGUGUUAGAAAAUACACAAGUACUUGAAAUAUAUUUUGAAGAAUUCCUGGUUUGGCUGUCAUACAGGUAAGAAAGACAGUUUAUACAUUAAAAAUAAUGGUUUGAAAAUUAAUAAAACUGUGUGAUUGUUUAAGGAAAUUACCUGUAAUAAAAAUAUUUAAGGAGCAUAUGGAAAUGUGUCUAGGUAGCUAACUAGAUAGGAAAAGUUACAUGAUUAGAAGGACGUAAAGACCGAGAAAUUGAGAUACAUUGCAAGCAGUGCUUCAGUGUGAGUGCAGCCCAAGAAAAAUCUUCAGUUUAGGUGCUUUCAUCACAACAUGGUCAGCUGUCCUACUGCCUAAUUAAUAAUUUGAAAUUUGUGAUUAUGGAAGUGCACUAAUUGAAGUUAUUCUUACAUUAUAUUCUGUGGAAUGUUUUACAUGAUUGUUAUGCACUAAAAUGCUCCGUAGUUAGUUGAAUACGUACAUCAAAAAUAUUUUCUAUGCUGUACUAAAAUUUUUUGGAUUGACAGUGUUCAAGCCAUUUUGUUUCCACUGUUCACAGUAUGGGGUGAAAAAUAACUACAGGAACAUUUAUUGUAUUAUGUCUUAAAAUCUUAAUGUGUACAAGUUGUGCAAAUUAUUUUAAUCAUAUAAUUUAUAUUAGAUGUAAUUAUUUGUAUUCUUUAGGGAAAUGAACAUUAUUGCACUCAUUUAGUACACCUUUAUUGAAGAUGUUUCCAUCUUUAGCCCUUGAUCACUUCAAAAACAUGCAUGCAUUUGAAGUGAUUCAUGUGUAUUUGGUCACUCCAUAUGUACAUACGUACGUAUUUGAAGUGAUCAGGGUCUAAAGACCAAAACAUCUUCAAUAAAAAUGUUUUAGGUGAAUGCAUUUGUGUUCAUUUCCCUAAAGAAUACAAAUAAUUGUCUAAUAUAAACUAUUUUAUGAAGAGAAUUCAGGGAAACUGGUUAGCCAAACUGAGUCCUGGAAGUGGGAAGUACAAUACCUACACUUUCAAGGAAUGGUUUAGGAUAUUUGCUGUUUGGAGUGACAUCUGAACUAUCAUAUCUGAGUGGCACUGCAUAGACAGUGAUUAUGCGAAUGAUGGCAAAAGUUUAUUGGGUCAUGCUGCCUCGAUGUGAGAUGGCCAGCAUGUGAAAAAAAACUAUAUGAUCUAAAAUAAUUUGCAUAAUUUGUUCAGAAUUUGUACAUGUUACGAUCGUAUGAUGUAACACAAUAAUUCUUCCUGUAGUUAUUUUAUAAUCUCUAAAACUUUAAAUGAUUCAUUAUAUAUUUUACUUUUCUCUAGCAUAUUUUCAAAUUAUAUUCUUGCUAAUUAAAAUACAUAAUUGGUUUGUUAAAAUAUAUAGUUUGAUUUUAGUUUUUGUCUUAGUACAUGUGUAUUAGAUUAUGGUGUACUUUUCUGUCUAAUAAUACAGUAAUAUUCUACAUAUAAAAUAGGUUGGAGUGUAUUGAAAGCUUUAUUAAAUCUUAGAUACUCAUGUCAAAGGCAGUGCUUGAAACAUAAUUAUAAAAUCUUGAUAAUUUACAGGAUACUAUUUAAGUUAUGUAUUUGCUUUAGGAAAAUAAAAAAUAUACAGUAGAAAACUAAGUUGUGUGA